CCCCUCAUCAUAAAAAAAGGGAAUGGUUUGUGUGCAGCGCGCCGGCCGAACUUUCCGCCGGCUCGCUUGCAACGAUACUGCCCCCUUCCGCAUCCGACGCAUGUAUGUGAUGAGUCCAGCACAACAGCCUCUCUCCCUUAUCCUUUCCUAGCCUAUCUUUUCCCUUUUUCUUCUUCCUCCAGCCACACACAAAUGGGCUUUGCUCCUCCUUCUUCCUCCAGCCAUGACGGGCUCUGCUCCUCCUUCUUCCUCCAGCCAAUAGGAGCUCUGCUCCUCCACAAGCUUUUUUGUCGCGAGCGUCGGUAGAGACCAGCGGUGGUGAGGAAAACAGGUGGGGGCGUACAAGCGCUGCACGACCCAGGGGUUGGGGGCGGCUGCCAUGACCUCCAGUCUGGGUGGUGGCGGAACCACCACAAGUUCUCACCGGCGAGGCGGCGACGACGUGCUCGAGCAUGAGAAGCCUCCCCACCAUGCUACAAGCUUCAAACGCCAAGCAGGUGUUGCAACCAGCAGCAGGAUUUGCUGGAACCGGCCGGUGGAGGUGUUGGAACCGGCUUUGGCGCGGUGUUGCAUCCUCCACCAGAGAUGUUGGUACCGCCUUCGCGGUGUGCUGGAAACGGCAAACCAAUUGCUAUAGUGGGGCGAAGGCAUUGUCCAGUCGACCGGCGACGUGCUACAACGAGACGACGUGAGGUGCUGGUGACCCAGGGAUUUGGCGGUGCUACAACUGUCACCAAAAUAUGCAACAACCGAUGAUAGAAACUGCUACAACGUGCAGAUUUUUUUUGCUGGAACGAGAAUUGCGACAUCAGGUAGAAGAAGCAAGCGAGUGCAGGUGGUGCUGGAAUGGGGGUCAUCAGAUGCUGGAACCGUCAAGUUUUUUUGCUACAACCAGCGAGCUUUUUUGUUGUGUCCGGCCACCGUUGAUGCUUGAGCGAGAUGUUGCCGACACGGCGACGAAGCAUUUUUGUUGGAACCAGCUAGAUAUUUUGCUACGACCAUCUCCCAUUUUUGCUACGGACGACAAUCGAGGCGACGUACACUGCGAGCUUGCCGACGGGUGUUGCUGCCGGCGACUCGUCGCCACCGGAGUUGCGACCAUCACCACUAGAGCUGUAACCCCGUGAUACGCUGCUACAUUCACGGAGCCGGCGAGGAAUGCAAGAGGCGACGAAGGUGGGUGGUGUUUUGCGAGUGCCGGCGGCGGUGAGGCUGCGAGCACUGGCGACGAGCAGGGGCGGUGGCACCGGCGGAGAUACAGCAAGGCCGGAUGGGUCGUGGCCCGCCCAGGAUUGAAGGGGACAAAAGUUUUAUAAGAAGCCCAGCCCAUAACAUUGCACUGGUUUUCAGUUUGGUAGCACACUUUGCAGUCUCUGGCUCGCUCCUUUUUAUGGUAGCUCCGCCACUGGGCAGUGGUGGUCCAAACGAGAGCAUCGUGGGCCAGCGAUGUGUGGGAUCCGGCGAGCGGCGGCGGCGCUCGUUUUUUUCUCCUAUUUUUCCUUCCUGAGGCAGGAUGAAGAAAGGGGAGGCAGGGUCAAAUCUGACGGUUACCUGCGGAUAGAUCGAGCGGCUACAGGCUGACCGGCCCAAAUUUGGGCCGGCGCCGGGGCCUAAAGCUCGCCUUAAAAAAAAGGAUGAAAGUCAUCGCCGAACACGAUUGGUAUGUAACCUGGAACGUAAGUUGUCAAGUAACACGAUUCAAAACAGCCUGGAUACGUGCGUGGGUUGUGCCUUUGGCCGGCGGCAAAUCGACUAGCUAGUAGGAGUACGACCUUGCUACGUUGCUUAGUACGGUACGGGUUCAAGUCAGCUUCUCGGCAAGAAGCGGGAUCAAAGUCAGUUUGCUUCUUCACGUCGUCGUCCGGAAGUAAUCGGUGCCGAUCGAGACUGGGCCAACAGGAGAUAAAACUGGAAGGUCCUCCAUAGUGCUAAGUUAGUCGUCUCUGUUUCGCGGAAAGGCAGUCCAGCCAUGGCGGCGGCGGUAGCGACGGCCGGCAGCCAGGAGGACAUGCUCGGCAAGCUGCCUGACGACAUUCUUCUCUGGAUCCUAAUCCGUCUUGAUUCACAAGACGUCGUAAGCUGCAGUCGCGCAAGCAGACGGUUGAGGCACCUCCCCGGUUUGCCUCCUAUUAUUUCCCUGAGCGUGAAGGACUACAUGUACGGCCGCUACGUGCAGCACAAGGACGACGACGGGUUUGAGGCGGUUUUGUCGAUAAAGUGCAGGAACAACAAGGCUUGGAGCACCACGGCCAUGGUGCAAUCCGUCAGGAGCAUCUUGGCAGGCAAGAACCAGCUUGGGUGCGCCGCCAUCCAUCAGCUCCACCUGACCUUCUACCUGAGGGACGAGUCCAUCGACAUCGUCCGCGCCGUCGAGGGAGCCAUCGCGCGCGGCCGCGGCAUCGUCGGCAGGGCGGGGUUCACGAUGCUGGGCGAGAAGAUCACCUACACGAGCGAGGUGACGGACCUGGUCGCGCAGGGAGCGCGCCUCCUCUCCUACCUCGGCGCCUGCCCGCGCGCGUUCGCCGCGCUCACACACCUGCACGUGGAGAGCGUCAAGCUGAGGCAGCCCGACGUGUCCAACCUGCUCGACCGCUGCAAGAAGCUGAAGCACCUGUCUCUGCAGAACCUUGAUUGUGGGAAAGAGGUGGUGCUGAGGAUCCAACACCCGGAGCUCACCCAGCUGAAGCUUGUCAUGUGCUUCUGUGACAGCUUCGAGCUCAAGUGGCUUCCGGAGCUAGAGGAGCUCACCAUUGGCACCUGGUGUCCUUCCAAGCGCCGAGACCCGGUGCUGUUCGGCCAUGCUCCGCGGCUUUCCAAGCUAACGGCCUGUAACGGCUAUAAUACCAGGUGCAGGAAACUCAAGCUGAGCGAGUUUCUUCGCGACGCAAACAUGCGUGAGCUGCAUAUGAACUUCGACACCGAAAUGCCAUGGUUUCAGAUGGAGCGACCAGAGCAACUGGCUCCUCGGCUGAAAAACCUGAGGAUUCUGAAGCUCGACAACAUCAAUGAAGAAUGCAGCGUCACUUGGACACUGUUCCUGCUGGAAGCUGCGCCUCUCUUGGAGAAGCUCCACAUCAAGGUGUCGAACCACGAGUGUGAAUCCUUUGAGGAUGAGAUGCUAAGGAAACUUCUGGUCGUCGCGACAAGUAACAUCGAGUUCGAACCAUCUGACUUCAAGCAUUAUAAGCUGGCCGUGCUCACCAUCUACGGCUUUCAGCCCGGCGAUAUGUUCAUGCAGUAUAUGAGACGGGUGAUGGAAGCGGCUGUCAAUUUGGAAGAGAUAUCUCUGCAUGACCACUGGUGCGAAGAGUGCGACUUUUAUCCAUUGACAAGGUAUCCCAAGACCGACCAAGACAGAGAAUUGAUACGGGAGGAGAUCAAUAGAGGGAGGCCGUCCCCUAUGAGGACCAUCCAAGUUUUAUUCAGUGAUAACAAGUAUAGAACCGAUGAUUGACCGUAUGUCCGUAUCACUGCGACCCUGCAUGACUUGUUGCAACUUCCUAAAUUGUCGUCUGGUGUAGCCUUUUUUAUAUUGAUUGACUGAACUUGUGUUUGUUCUUGGUACAGAUCAACUCAUAGGAAAUUAUACUUUACUGGUCUUUUUUAUUGUUUAUUACAAUAAAGUUUUUUAAUAGUCA